UGUCUCAUAAAAUACGGGCCCUCUAACGAGCUUCUGAUGCAUGAUUUGCUUAGAGACAUGGGCAGAGAAAUUGUCCGGCAAGAAUCUGUUAAGGACCCAAGGAGGCGGAGCAGACUGUGGCAUCAUGAGGAUGCCCUUGGAGUGUUGGGAGAUGGCACGGGCACUGAAGCUGUUGAAGGCCUCUUCCUAAACUUUCAUGAGCCGAAUGAGGUCCAAGUAAAUUCAAAAGCAUUUGAAAAGAUGAACAGAUUGUGGCUGCUUCAUCUCAAUAAUGUUCAUCUCAGGGAAGGUUAUGAACAUAUCUCCAGAAAACUAUUGUGGCUAUGUUGGAAUGGUUUCCCAUUGAAAUGUUUGCCGUCAAACCUGCAUGUGGAGAAUUUAGUUACUCUUGACUUGCGCUAUAGUAGCCUGAAAAAAGCGUGGAAUGGAACCAAGAUAUUGGUCAAACUGAAAUUCCUUUACCUAAGUUAUUCCUAUCACCUAAUCGAAACCCCCGACUUCUCUGGACUCAAGAAUCUUGAGGAACUGUUGCUUAAUGAUUGCAUAAGGUUGGUAGAGGUUGACGAAUCUAUUAGAGUUCUCAACAAACUUGUUAUCCUAGAUAUGAAGAACUGUAAAAAACUUCAGAAGCUUCCCUCAAGUAUUUGGAUGUUGAAAUCUCUUGGAAGUCUUGAUCUCUCUGGCUGCUCCAUGAUUGGAAAAUUUUCUGGAUUCAAAGGAUCACCGUCUAAAUCACAGUCCUCAUUCCUCUCAUCUUGGAAUUUCAGAACAAAGAGAGUGGGUUCUAUUGGUUUGUCACUUUCCCCAGUACUUGGCUUAAGUUGCUUAAAAGAUUUGAAGAUGAAAAACUGCAAUCUCUCAUGUCUACCAAACGAGGUCGGGAAUUUGAUCUCAUUGGAGACUUUGGAUCUUAGCGGAAACAAUUUGCCUACCUUACGGAUAGCAUCUGCGACCUUACUCGCUUAAAGGAUUUGACUUUGAAAGGCUGCAAUCUGUCACAUCUGCCCAGCGAAAUUGGGAGGCUGGUCACAUUAGAAGUUUUGUCUCUUCAAGGAAACAGUUUACUUGCCUUGUCGGAUAAUCUAUGUAACCUUACUCGCUUAAAGGAGUUGAAUUUGAAUUACUGUAAUGUGACACAUUUGCCUGGUGGAAUUGGAAUGUUGAGCUCGUUAAAAUUUUUGGGUCUUGAAAGUAACAAUAUAUGUAGCCUACCAAAUAGUUUCAGUGACCUUGCUAGCUUGGACAGACUCUUCUUGAGUAAUUGUGGAAGGCUCCAAUCACUUCCAGAUUUUCCAGUAAGUUUGAACUGUGUGAAUGCAAGCAACUACUCAUUACUAGAAAGAAUACCUGCUGAAUUCAACCCGCAAGAUACACUAUACAUGUGCCUUGCGGGAUGCGAUAUGUUAGCUGAGAACAAUAUUGUACAUGGUGUUAUAGAAAGACUCGACCAGU